AUGCCCACUGUGCGAAUUACUAAUGGCAACACAUCAGUGCGUACUACCGCAGACAAUGGUGGACAAGGUGUUUUAGAAAUGGGAUUUUUCAUUUAUGAUUUUUUGAAUGUUCCAUAUCUGAAAGAUGCUGUAGGAAUGGUCUCAAUGCUUCACGACAAUGAGCAAAUACCACAAAUUGAAAUCGACGGGAUUGGUUUUGCUCCUAAUCGUAAACAUACGUCACAAUUCUCAAAGGAAACAACAUCAUUUCUCAGUGCACCAUACACCAAUUGUACGGAGAUCAUUCUAGCUGAUAUGAAAACAAUGCUUGGAGCCUAUUACAGUGGUACACAAUACCAAUACUCCAGACAAGUCUGUCUGAAUCUAUGCGAACAGACUUACAUAUAA